AUGGCCCUCUGUCCCCAGCCCGACUCCUGCCUGGCCGGCAGUCCCCUGGGCAGUCCCCUGGGCCUCCUAGGCUUGUCCCUGUGGCUCGUCCCUGCUGCAGCGGGAACCUACUGCGAGUGCAGCCUGGGCCUCAGCCGGGAGGCGCUCAUCGCCCUGAUCGUGGUGCUGGCGGGCGUCAGCGCCAGCUGCUUCUGUGCCCUCGUCAUCGUGGCCAUCGGCGUCUUCCGAGCCAAGGGUGAAACAUGCCCGGGACGUGUGGACAGCAGGUUGGUGGGGCGCUUCGGGGUCCAGGAGGACCGCAUGGACCUGCACACGGUGCACGUGGAAUCCCACCUCAUGGACCCCGACAUGGAGGUGUCGAUGAUCACCCCGCUGGAGGACCAGGGCCUCCUGACCAUGGACCCCUCUCUGGAGGAUCCGCCCCCGCCCCCACCCCCGCCCCCUGAGUAG